AUGCAGAGAGAUGAGAACUCAAGCGGGCAGUCUGCCAAGGUCCUUUUUAUCCAGCUCACACUGGAAAGUGCACAGGGAGAGAGUUCAUGUGAGAUUUUAAUUGACAUGAUCACCUCUUCCAGAUCAGAUCCCAACAUCAGGUGUCUUCGCUCAAGUUAUGAGAUUGUCUCUCUUAUCUGUUCCACUAAUCGGGUGAAAGUCAAACCAUUUUCAGCCAUAGAAACAGAAAUGAGUGAACUCAUACAGUGGACUCAGCGGAAUGGCAGCAUAGUGACAGAAUUUAUUCUUGUGGGAUUUGAGAAGAGCUCCCCUUCAACGCAGAUGAUACUCUUUGUCCUCUUCCUGGCCCUCUAUAGCCUAGCCAUGGCCAUGAAUGGCGUCAUCAUCUUCAUCACCUGGACAGAUCCUAGGCUCAACAGUCCCAUGUACUUCUUCCUGGGUCAUCUGUCCAUCAUAGAUGUCUGCUUCAUCACUGCCACCAUCCCACAGAUGUUAAUUCACCUGGUGGUCAAGAACCAUGUUGUCUCCUUUGCCUCCUGCUUGAUCCAGAUGUAUCUAGUUUUUGGUGUGGGUGUUGCCGAAUGUAUUCUCCUGGCUUUUAUGGCCUAUGAUCGUUAUGUUGCUAUCUGUCACCCACUUAACUAUGCCCAGAUCAUGAGCCAUCAAGUCUGUGUGAGGUUGGUAAGUACAGCCUGGAUCACUGGCAUGACCAAUGGCAUCCUACUUGACUACAUGACAUUCCGUGGUCCAUUCUGUAGAGACAACCACAUAGAAAACUUUUUCUGUGAGGCCCCCAUAGUCAUCAGCCUCUCUUGUGGAGAUCCACUGUUUAGUAUGAAGGUGAUAUUUUUUGAUGCCAUCGUUGCUCUUCUAAGUCCCAUGGUGCUCAUUGUCAUCUCCUAUGCCCGCAUCCUAACCUCCAUCCUUGGAAGAUCCUCCUCCUCGGGUCGGGGGAAGACCUUCUCCACUUGUGCUUCCCACCUGACUGUGGUCAUCUUUUUCUACACCUCAGCUAUGUUCUCUUACAUGAACCCACGCAGCACACAUGGCCCUGACAAGGACAAACCUUUCUCCCUCCUCUACACAAUCAUUACCCCCAUGUGCAACCCCAUCAUCUACAGUUUUCGAAAUAAAAAAAUGAAGAGGGCCAUGAUGAGAGCCCUUGCAAGGACUGGCCUGAUACAAGAACCUAUGUAG